CAUAAGGGUGAGGACUUUGGGGUUUUUUUUUGAAGGUCUUGGCUGUCGGUCUUCAGGAUGUACGGAUCGUUUCGGGUGCUGUUUCAGGUGCUGUGGGCCCACCUGCUCUGGGGGUGGGUGCUAGGCUCUGAGCUAACGUUUGAGCUGCCAGAUAACGCCAAGCAGUGUUUCUACGAGGAUAUCAUCAUCGGCACCAAGUGUACACUGGAGUUUCAGGUAGUGACAGGUGGUCAUUAUGAUGUGGACUGUCGUUUGGAGGACCCAGAUGGCACUACGCUCUACAAGGAGAUGAAGAAGCAAUAUGACAGCUUUACCUUCACAGCAUCCAAGAAUGGCACUUACAAGUUCUGCUUCAGCAAUGAGUUCUCCACCUUCACACACAAGACGGUUUAUUUUGACUUCCAGGUCGGCGAUGACCCUCCACUUUUUCCCAAUGAGAACAGAGUCACUGCUCUCACUCAGAUGGAAUCAGCCUGCGUGUCCAUCCAUGAGGCUCUGAAGUCAGUCAUGGACUACCAGACACAUUUCCGCCUCCGAGAGGCCCAAGGACGUAGUCGGGCAGAGGACCUCAACACCCGCGUUGCGUUCUGGUCCAUUGGAGAAGCCAUUAUCCUUCUGGUGGUCAGCAUUAGCCAGGUGGUCCUGUUGAGAAGCUUCUUCUCUGACAAAAAGACCACUACAACACGUGUCGGAUCAUAACAGUCUCUGAGCUCCGGGAUCUGAUUCAUCACUUCGUUUAUCUGCACCUGGGAUGUGAGCAUAGAGUGUUCAAGAGCAGCAGUGCUGAUGUGAAAGUGGAUCAUAUCAAACCGCCAGAUCACAAAAUAUGACAUGACAUCCUCAUUCAGCACUGCUGCUCUUAGAAACUUUAUGCAAAUAAGUCUUGAGGAAAAAGCUGCGGGUUUAAAAUGUUUUUGAGGGGUAAAAGAAAAACAGAAGGCUUGUAAUUAUCUGUAUUUGAGGCUGUUUGAGCACUGAUCAUAUGGUUAAAGCAAACCUUAAAUAAUUUGAAUAUUUAGAAUCAUUUCUAAAUGUGGUCAUAUUUUUGACUUUUUCUGUCCCUGUCAUCUCAUACCCUCUGCCUGAUCCUUUCCAUUUUUUUCAGCCCUAACUGUGCUCUGAAAAAAAACCAAGGGAGUGGAAGUUAGGAUUAAAUGUACUCAUAGUGUAAGGAUGCUGCAGAUAUUUUCUUUUAUCUGUGGCUCUCAAACCACACUUACAAUGCAAGGGGUGCUUCUCCACGAAGGUUGUAUUUGGUUAGAAAAAAUCUGUUGCAUUUUUCUUGGUUAUUAAACCUCACUGUGUUAAGAGAAAUAGUAGAUACUGUGUUUGCUUUUAUCAGCUUUGUCAUUUUAGGUGAGGUAUUAGAAGGGAGUGUGCUAUGCAGAGAGUAACCCAUCUUUUAAUCAAUGUUAGCUUUCAGAAGAUUGUAUUUGGGCUGAAGGAUUGAAGUUAGAAAUGCUAAUGAUCUCCCUUGAGUAACAGCAGACCCAGUUCCUUAAAAACAAAUGAGUCAUUUUGUGUUAUUUUUAUUUCCAUUUGCUCUACAUUGUUAUACAUUGUGGUAACGUUUCAAAUUGACCACUUUGAGGUGAAUCAUAAUAUAAAAGGUAAAGGUAUGGGGGUUCUUUAUUACAUCUGUGUGACCUUAUGGGAGACAAGUAAAAAAUAACCAAUAUUCUUGUAUUUGACAGUGACAUUUUGUGUGCUAUGUGACAAUGCCAACAGUUUUAAAUACACCAGCUUCUAAAAUCUUUGUCUUUCUCGGUUCCAAUGCAAUGUUAUAUGUAGUUCUGCCUUUGUGGUUUGAAGUGUAACAACUUAUUUAUCUUGUGGAGUGACACCUUUUUUUUUUUGCAGCACUGUUGUAAAGUUUAGUUUCAUUGCAAAAAUAUUUCUUGAAUAUACAGUAAUUCUAGUAACUGAGUUGUAAUUGUAAUUUGGUGUUUUAAUCUCUCACUGACUGCUCAGUUUAUUUUCAAAAAGAACAAAGUAAGAUUUAGAGAUCUGUAUCUAACAUUACUGGUUCUGGUAUUUUCACUUUUUCAUUGUUGUCAUUUCACAAUGUAGAAAAAAGGAUUCUAACCAUGUAGUGAUUAAUUCUUUCACUACAUUUUGUAGGUAGUUUGUUCAACUAAGUGGAACCAUGUAAAGUUCACAUGUAGAAUUUAACUGUGUAACAUCGGUGAAUGUGGCUGAGAUCAGAUCAGUUCUUGGCAACAACAGAAAACACCACUGUUAAAUUGUUUGAGGUUUAUUUUUUUUACAUUUAUGUCAAACUUUUACACCUAACUCAUUGAAAACGACCAAAAACUCACUCCUUUCAUGAUUAUACUGUUCAGUUCUGUUGGUCAGAAGUGAUUCAUGAGACUGUAUUAAAGCUUUAUUAUUUUUCCCCAUGGUUUAUUUCUGAUUUGGCUUAGCUUUAUUUGUUACUGUCCCUCUGCUCACCAUUUUUUCCUUGUCAGUUUUGAUAUGUGGUGCAAUGUUGGUGUUUCCCUUAAAGUUUGUUUGCUGGCAGGUCACGUUAGGACACAAGUUCUGCUCCGAGACAUUGUGGGGACUUAAGUUAUUGGGAUGGCUGAAUAAACUUCCUGUUUAAAAUGUU